AUGUAUCUUGUUAACACUACAAGACCCGAUAUAUCCUUUUCAGUUAAUUUAUUAGCAAGCUAUAGUUCUGCUCCUACUAGUAGGUAUUGGAAUGAGAUCAAACACAUAUUGCAGUAUCUGAAAGGGACUAUCGAUAUGGGCUUAUUUUAUCCUUACAAUUGCAGUCCCAAUCUUGUUGGUUAUGCUGAUGCAAAGUAUUUAUCUGACCCACACAAAGUUCGAUCUCAAACAGGCUACGUGUUCAUAUGUGGGGGUGCUGCCAUAUCUUGGAGAUCUACAAUGCAGUCUAUCAUGGCCACUUCAUCAAAUCAUGCUGAGAUAAUAACUAUUCAUGAAACAAGCCGAGAGUGUGUGUGGUUGAGGUCCAUGACACAACUCAUUCGAGAAAAAUAUGGUUUGAAAUAUGACAAAGCAGCCACAAUUAUAUACGAAGAUAAUGCAACAUGCAUAACACAACUAAAGGGAGGAUUCAUAAAAGAAGAUAGAACGGAGUACAUUUCGCCAAAACUUUUCUACACACAUGAGCUCCAGAAAAAUGGUUAUAUCAACGUGCAACAGAUUCGUUCGAGUGAAAAUGUGGCUAAUUUAUUCAUCAAGUCUCUACCAACUGCAACCUUCAAAAAGAUGGUGCACAAGCUUGAAAUGCGAAGAUUCAAGUCUUUGGAUUGA